GCGGGGCCAUGGCCGCCCCCAGCCCCGACACGGCCCGAGGGGGCCCCCGCGGCCCCGGCGCCCCGUGAGGCCUCCCCGCCGCCCUCCCAGCAUGGCUCGCGGGGCCGGCGAGGCGGCAGCGGAGGGGGAACUGGGAGAUGACAGCCUGUCUGUGAUAACCUGUGAGUCAGACACAGAAAUGAAGUUAAAGAAGAAGAUUUUUCACAAGCCUCCCAAGUCACCAAAGUCUCCCUACAGCUCUAGCACACAACUGUAUCCCAAAAAAGCUGCAGCUUGGCGAUCUCUGCAGGGAACGGGCAGUGCAUGUUCAGAGAGUGCAGCUGUAAAAAAGCCAAGGCAGCUGUGGCUGGAAUCACUGAAACAAGGAAUGAGCCAUCCUCUGAAAUCAGAUGUUGACGUGGGGCAUAUGCGAACCAACAUUUCCAGUAGCACUCCAGAAUAUUUGAAGGAAGCUCUAGGAAUGAAGAAGCCAAAACAUUCUCGUUCUUCUAGUAAUGGCUACAUUCCUGGAACUCCUGACUACAAAGAAAAAGAAGAUAUGUAUGAUGAAAUUAUAGAACUGAAAAAGACAAUACAAGCUCAGAAAAAUGAGGGAGAUCGAAUGAAAACGAAGCUCCGUCGACUGGAACAGGAGAACAAUAGGAAGGAUAAACAGAUUGAACAACUGUUGGAUGCUUCCAGGGGCUCUGAGCUGGCACGAGCUUUAUUAGAAAAGAAGAGUGAUAAUGGAUGGGUGGUCAGUGGAUUAAAGCAGAAUAUUCUCAAGCUUGAACAGCAGUGCAAGGAGAAAGACAACACUAUUAAUGAAUUCCAGGCAGACAUGAAGACCAACAAUUUGGAAGAAGUGAGGUUAGCUAUGGAAACCUACUAUGAAGAGGUUCAUCGCCUCCAACUCCUCCUGGCAAAGUCUGAGACUAUGAGGAAAAAUACAGAGGGCAGAGAUACCCAGAAGCGACUGAAGGCACUGAAUGCUGCUGUCCUGAGAUUGUCCAGGAACAUCAAGGAGUUGCAGACUGAGAAUCGGAGGCUGAAGGAAGAUCUGGAUCAUGUGCUGAGCAGUUCUCCUCCUCCCAGUAAAACAAAAAAUUAUAGUGAGUGGAGCAGACAGAGGCUGGUGAGGCGGAUUUCGGAACUGGAAAAGAAAGUAUGUGCCAUGGAGAGCACCAGGGUGUCACCAGCAGACAGUGAUUCAUCACAGUUGCCUGCUGUGGCAUCUUCACCUUCUGUAGACCUGGAUCAUCCAGCCCCCCAAUAUAUAGACCAUGUUGAGGAAUGUCAUCGUCUCCAAAGGGAAGUGAAGAAACUGAAGAGUGACAGGAAGGCACUUCAAAAUCUCCUACUCAGUAAAGAAUCAGAUAUCAAGCAGUUACUGCAGGCUAAGGCUGAAGUGGAGCUGGAGCUGCAGAAGUGGCAGAGUAAGAUGGAAGAAAAGAGUACGGAAGAACAGACUUUAAGUGAGGAAAUCCAGAACCUGACGCAGAAAGUAGAGAAACUGGAGUCAAAAUUGGAGGAAGAGAAAAGACAAAUGGCAGAAGAUACAAUGGAAAAUCUUCAUAAGUCUUCACCAGUCUGCACAGUUAAAGGCAAAGAAGAUCACAGGGAAGAACAAGCAGCCAAAAUCAUCCAGAGACACUGGAAGAUGUACAAAACCAAGAAAGAAGAAAUUGCUCUGGAUGAGGCAGUUGUGGUGCUGCAGGCAGCUCUCAGAGGACAUUUAGCUCGACAGAAACUGUUACUGAAUAAUGGGACCCAUGAAGCAAAAUCUCUCAACAAGAACUCCUGCGUGUCUUCCAUGUCAGACUCCUUGAGCUUGUCCUCUGAUUGUGAGGAGAGAGAUGAGAUUGUGACGUUCAUUCAGUCCAUUUUCAGGGCUCACUCAGCACGUACAGUUCUGCUUGAGGAGAGGUCUUCUGUGUCCAGUGCACCAAGUGAGAAAGCAGAUUCUGCACUUUACAGUACAGAGAAGAAACCGGUCUCAGCAGCACUCCAGAGACCUCCUUCAGUCCUCAUGUCGCCUCUUCCUGGUCCACUGAGAAAGCCUUCAGGGACUCCCAGGAAAAACAAGCCUUAUGCUGCUCUGUGGACAUAGAAUAUCCCUUUAACUGCUGCCGAGACAUGGGAAUCCUGCAGUCACCUUCCUGUCAAGCAGAGUCCUUGUUGCAGGACUAAAACAGCUGUAAGAGUACAAGAUGAAAUAGUCUGUGUUUGAUGAAUAUGUUAACUAAUUUCACUUUUUUAUUCUUCCUUCUCUGCUCUACUGACAUAUUCUCUGGAUUUCUUAAGACCAAUUUUGGUUUUAAAUCCUAAACACUGGAGGUAAUCCAUGAGGCAUGAAUGGAAAAGUUUUGAUACUAUUUCCUGGAGCAGACUAGCCUUGAAUUCAGUUGAAAGCAAUUAAAUGUUUGUAGUUGUAUUAAAUCAUAAUUUGUCUUCAUCUGAAGUCAGAAUGCCCUUGACUCUUGCAAGCUCUGCAGCAUCUGUUUAUGGAAGGUUUGUCAGCUGAUGAAUUGCUUUCCCAUAUGAACUUUUAAAGAGGGGAAAAAAGGUUUCAUUUGAUGGGCAUCAUUGAGACCUGCAAAGAGCAACAUUUCCAUGUUAAACUCCGGGUUAUUGGUGGGAGGGUUUUCAGGUGUGGUUGGUGGUCAGGUGCUGCAUCGGUUCCUCUGAUGUUUCCUUCUAAUGUUUGCUGAAGUGUUUCUCUGCUGGUAGAGACAGCACCUGACAUCACCUUCCAGAUGUUUGCCCUGUUUACAGGUGUGUGUAAGGCACGUGGCUCUUGGUUAUAUAUGGCUUUUAGCACUUGUUCUGUCCUUGCUGUGCACAAAGGAAUAGCCUUGAAUGGUGAGUGUUGCUGUGUUCUUACUAAUUACACUCUGUUGUAGUCCACUGGUUAAGUUGCUCCCCUUGCCCCUCUCACAGCCUGUCUUUCCCAAUUUCCCAAUCGCCUUUUUCAAAUCAAAGUGUGUGGAUUCCCACUGGUCUCCAGGACAGCAUUUGUGUUGUUCCCCUCACUAGAGCUGUGUAUAAACAACCUUCCUCUGCCAAGGUGUUGCUCAGACUGUAACAGCUCCCCUUCUAUUUGGGAGGAUUUUGCCAACACGCCUCACAGACACGUUGUGCCAGGUACCACAUAAGCCCUUGUAGGGCUUCUAUUGUUGGUAGUGUGAACAGAUGUGUCAUAAAAUCUUGAUGCUCAAAAUGGUCUGGGGAGAACCAGGAGGGACAUCAUGUCCAUUGUCAAGGGCUGCUUACUCCCCUCUCUAUCAGCCAGAUAAUCCCACACCUGGAUCUCACUCCUCUCCCUUCCUCAGCCCGUCAUCUCUGCUUCACUAAUGUAACAGAGCUUGAAGGUUUUUUCUGCAAUAUGACUUCAGGGAUGAGAUACUGUAAAAUCUGUCACUUGGUUACAGUGCUGGUUUUAAAAAGACUGUGUUUGAAUGGCCUCUAGGUAUAUGUGUGGAAAAUUAGAAUAGCUCUUAAUAAAUGGGAUUGUCCAUGAAUGCCUGUAGUACAACACUGUGCACAAACAUUGCUUAGCAUUGCCAUUAUCUAGCAAUAAUCCUUAUUUGGAUCUUACACAAAUUGUGGCAGAACCUUCUAUUUAUCUAACCUGGAAAUUUUUCCUGAGCAGGCUCUCUAUAAUUUACUCACAGAAUUGGCAGUUUUCUUCCCUCUCUCGGCAGAUAUUUAAUAGCCACAUAUUGCAUUUCCAUGCUAGUAAACCUUCAUUAUUAUACAAAGUGUACCAGAAUGUUAUGAAGAAAUACCUUAAAUAAUUAAACAGAAACUAUGAGUGACAAAACAAACCAACAAAGUCGAAUUUAAGCUGUAUGACUCUUUCCUUUUUGUAUUCACUUAUUUGCUAAUUUGCUGAACUUACUGGACUGCAAAUAGGUCUUGCUGUGAUUAGAGAGAGUUUGCCAAGUUCCUUUGUAAUUGUUUCUUUGCAAUUAACUAAAUAAUAGAAUGUUCUGUGUGGCUCUCUGGGGAAAGGAGCGGGCAGGUGCUUUUGCAAUAGGAUUUCCACAUCUUCCACCCAUUUCCCUGGAAUUCACAGAGUUUAAAAAGACUGGUAGAACAUGAGAGAGAGAGAAUAUUGCCUCAGGACUGGAAAUGAGAGAAUUAACCUUUUCUUGUGCCGUUUUUGAGUUUGCUUACAGUGUUUUAUGCUGGCCCUGGUAGUGGCUAUUCUUUGUGCAAACCUAAAAGUCCCUGGGAGGAUGUCAGAGGAAAGUAAUGAAGACCCGAAUGUUCCUGCCAGCAGAUGCCUUCACUCAGGGGAAAUCCUUCAAGCUGGGAGGAGAAGUCAGCUGGGAAGAUCCCUGGCAACGUGGCUUUGCUGGGAAGAGGGGAGGCUGAGGACUGAGCUGCUGUGGAGGGGGCAGCAAUAACUGGGGGAGGCUGGAGAGCAGCCCUGGCUUUGUUAUUUCCUUUGACUUUGAGCAGAAAAUUACAGAGGAAGCCCUGGGAGGAGAGGAAGGGUAAUUUUAAUGGAGGCACAGUCCAGCUCAGCGGGAAGGAGGCACAGCUUGAUGUAAGGGCAGAGUUUGUGGAGUGGCAGAGCCAGAGGUGUUGCCUAACAGUGGCAGCUGAGUGCAGAGACAUGAUCGUCUCACUGACCUCCCUCUGACUGUCCAUAAUUUAGUCCCUGUCUCAAGAGGGUAACUCACCCAUCUGCUGGGACUCGGAGUUCAAAUUUGCCUUUUUUGGGUUUUUUUUGGAUCUGUAUUUUGGCUAAAACCUUUUGUAGCACGUAUUAGGUCUGACAGUUGGGAGGACUCCUCACUCCACAGUAUAUUGAAAGCUGAAUUAUUUAAUUUCAGAGUGAAUAACAAAAGCUGAGGAUAUGGGAUUGCUGUUUCAAAAAGUGCUCUCAUUGCCAGCAUCACAUCAGCAGUAGGGAUGUCUGCAGUAGAAAGAAGCUUGUGAAGAGUGAAAAAUGCUACAUUUCUAGGAGUGCUUCUGCAGACUGCUCGAUGGCCUCACGAGGAUGGAGAACAGUGCUGGCUGCCUUAUUUUGGAGGUUUAAACCAGUCUGGUUUAUCUUCGUUUUCUUUAAUUUGGAGUAUUUCAUGUUUGCCCAUUUUGUCCAGUGAUUCUUUAGCAAAGCCACUGUCAGAGCAAUUUAGUGAAUGCUAAUACAGCUCUUUGGGUUACUUUUCAGCAGGAUUACCGGUGAACAAGCUGACAUUUGCAGUCUGCUUUGGUUGACUGUAGAACAGCUUUCCAUGCAAGGGUGAUUUACUGUUAGAUUUUGUUCCUGGGAUGUCACAGCAAUGUCAUGUUUUGUUCAUUUUGCUUUGGCGAAACAGAGUGAACCUAUUUGUGUGGGAAGGGAAAAAGGCUGCUAUAAUCUAAACAUGAGAACCCUGAUAACUCUCUUGUUGUCAUGUAAUUAAGAAUCACCUGAAUUGAAUCAAAUGCUAGACAUCCCAGGAUUGCAAACAUUGCUUCUGGAGGUGGUACAACAGGCUGAAGUGCCUUGCAAUGGAAAGUAUGGUUGGUGCUGGAUCUUGUGGUUUGUCUCUCAUUCCUAUUUUGCUGAAUCCAUUUUACUCUUCUUUUCCCCAUAUCAUUAUAAAUAAUUGUGGUGGAGAAAUGAAAACUGUUGAUGCCUCUGUUUCUCCAUAAUCCCAAAUGCUCAUUCUACUAUAAUUUAAUCCAGUUGUCUCCGCAGCAAAAGGCCGAGGGAGAGGCAUGAACACCAGCACUGCUGAGCUGCUCCCUUUCCCACUUACCCCUGUCCCCAUUAUGGUGCCUCAAACUGGGUCUGACACGCUGGUGUCGCACCCCCACGUAACAGCAUCCAGCUUUUUCUCUCGUCUGUUCCAAAACAUUUCAUUUGGUUUGAUUUACAUCAACUCCAUCGAACAGGAUCUCGGUGUGGAGUGUUUGCUGCAUCUGCUUCUAUUCCUUGUCCAUCAUUUGCUGACGAAGGUACUUGGCCUUGCAGCCCAGUGGGGGUUUUGUGUCAUUCCAGAGGCAGCAGUAACAUCUGCAGGACAGAUCCCAGCCCUGGGUGUUUUAGCGCCAAAUUGCAUAAACUCUGUGCCAUAAGUGGCUUAUGCAGAGAUCUCUCACUCCCAGCGAGGUCUCUCCGCUCCUUGUCUUUGGGAUUUUAGAACUGGAGGUGAAAUACAUUGGAUCACUGGCCUUUAAAAUAAUUCCUUCUUCAUCCUCGCUGGCGUUGUGAGAAAAAAAAAUUAAAAUAACAGGGAAGAAAACUAAAUUAGCUGAUGUUGAGCUGUCCUUUUGCAGAAAAUAAACCCUUUUCUUGGAGAAAGCUGGAGGGGAGUUGAGGUCUUGUAUCUUGUACCCUCGUAUAUCUUGUACUUGGGCUCACCCUGCGUGGUGUGAACCCUCUGACGUGUGCCUUAAUGCUAUUUGGGAGUGAUAAGAUUUCCUUUUAGCUAUGCUGAUAAUACUCAUACGAAAAUCCCGUCCCAGUCAAAAGCUAUUAAAGUUGAUGUUAUAUUUCAGAACAUCAGCAGAAAUAUGUUUAUUUGGUCUCCUAAGGUGUUAAAUAGCCUAUUUUGGCGUUUUUUGCUCUCCUUAUUUAUGAAACGCAUCAGUCGGGACAACAUGAAGUAUGAAAUCCUGGCUGCGCUUGGGAAAAGUAAUAAAAUCAUACUUGCAAA